AACGCAUUCUUAUACUCUGUUUGUCUUCUUCAAACUAAUUUCUUCUUCUUCUCUCUGUGAUCUUUAAACAAACUCUUUAUCGACUGUUACUCUGAUGCUGUGUUCUGGAGUCCUCCUACUCGCAAACUACACGCUUCGCCACCUCUCAAUUCCGCGAGAUCUCUUGACUAUUCACUGGUUUUCCGACGGGAUAUGGCGUUGAGGCGAGGCUUAUCUGGUAUUGGAGCCUCGAGCAGCAAAGCUACCGGAUCUCGAUUGUCUGUCGCGAUUCUCGUCUUACUUUCAGUUCUCAAUCCCUUGGUUUUCUUCGUCGGUCGUGGACUUUACGUUUCUGAUCAAACUAGCGGUCCUCCCAAACAGAAUUUGGAUUGGAGGGAAAGGCUGGCAUUGCAAUCUUUUAGAUCUCUCUUGUCAAGAGAAAUCAUGGAUGUUAUAACUACAAGCAAAGCUGAUUUGGAGUCAUUAAGUCUCGAUUCUUUCAGACAAAACAAUGUUUCAGGUUCAUGGAAAGUUACUGGGUUAGAGACUUCAGUUGAUAAUGAUACUACCUAUCAGAAAGCUACAGACAUCAAACAAGAGAUGCCUGCAAUCAAAGAUGGCAAGGUUCUGGAUGAUGGUCACUCUCAAUCCCUUGAUUCAUCUGCAAAAGUACUUCGGAGGCAAUUGAGGGAAGAAAGACAUGAGAAGCGGGCAGCUUACUUGCUGCAACAAGAUGAUGAAGCUUCAAUAAAACUUGAAAAUGCAGCCAUUGAACACUCCAAAUCAGUGGACUCUGCAGUUCUGGGAAAGUACAAUAUUUGGAGGAAAGAAAAUGAGAAUGAGAACCCAGAUUCGACAGUGCGCCUGCUACGAGACCAAAUUAUAAUGGCAAAGGUAUAUAUAAGUAUUGCAAAUAUGAAAAAUAACAGUGACUUACUAAAGGAAUUGCCAACUAGGCUCAAAGAGAGUCAGCGUGCCUUGGGAGAGGCAACAGUUGAUGCUGAUCUACAUCAAAGUGCACCUGAGAAAAUGAAAGCUAUGGGCCGAGUUCUAUCAAAAGCAAAAGGGAUAUUAUAUGAUUGCAAGUCUGUCACUGGAAGUCUCAGAGCAAUGCUUCAGACAGCCGAUGAGGAAGUUAGGGGCUUGAAGAAACAGAGCACAUUCCUGAGUCAAAUGGCUGCUAAAACAAUUCCAAAUGCAAUCCAUUGUCUGUCCAUGCGAUUGACCAUAGAAUACAAUCUCCUUUCCCCAGAUCAGAGAAAAUUCCCUAGAAGUGAGAAUUUGGAAAAUCCAAAUCUUUAUCAUUAUGCCCUUUUCUCUGAUAAUGUCUUGGCCGCGUCUGUUGUUGUCAACUCAACUGUCAUGAAUGCAAAGGAUCCAUCAAAACACGUUUUCCAUCUUGUUACAGAUAAACUUAACUUUGGGGCAAUGAAUAUGUGGUUUCUGUUAAAUCCACCUGGAAAAGCUACCAUUCACGUUGAAAAUGUUGAUGAGUUCACGUGGCUGAAUUCAUCCUACUGCCCUGUUCUGCGGCAACUUGAGUCUGCUAAAAUGAUAGAUUAUUAUUUCAAACAAACCAAUCUUGCAUCUGGCUCUUCAAAUUUGAAGUAUCGGAACCCAAAGUAUCUCUCCAUGCUUAAUCACUUGAGGUUCUAUCUGCCAGAGGUCUAUCCCAAGUUGGAUAAGAUCCUGUUUCUUGAUGAUGACAUUGUUGUCCAGAAAGACUUAACAGGAUUGUGGUCAGUGAAUCUUCAUGGAAAAGUUAAUGGUGCGGUUGAAACCUGUGGUGAAAGCUUUCAUCGUUUUGACAAGUACCUAAACUUUUCAAAUCCUAACAUUUCAAAGAACUUUGAUCCUAAUGCUUGUGGGUGGGCAUAUGGGAUGAAUAUGUUUGAUCUUAAAGAGUGGAAAAAGAAGGAUAUCACAGGCAUAUAUCAUAAGUGGCAAAACUUGAAUGAAGAAAGAACACUCUGGAAGCUCGGGACACUGCCUCCAGGACUGAUUACAUUUUAUGGUCUAACACACCCACUGGAGAAGUCAUGGCACGUGCUUGGUUUGGGUUACAAUCCAAGUAUUGACAAGAGGAAAAUUAAAAAUGCGGCAGUAAUCCACUAUAAUGGCAAUAUGAAACCAUGGCUGGAGAUAGCAAUGACAAAAUAUCAGCCUUACUGGACCAAGUACAUUAAGUAUGAUCAUCCUUACCUUCGGAGCUGCAAGCAGACAGGGUGAAUGAGCCUGCUUUCUGGGGUAUAGAUUAAUGCCUUCUCUAUUUUCUUUCCUCUGCAUGCAGUUGAAGCAUCUUUGGUUUAAAUACUGCAGGAGGAGGGAUUGGGUAAAACUUUCUGCUUUCUGUCUUCCUUCUUUUUCCCACGUUGUUAAUUUCUUUUUUUUUCUUAGGGGGGAGGGUGGGGCAUCCCACAUUGUCCAUUCUUCUAUAUUAUUCAUUGAAUUCAUUCCUUGAGCACUCACAAAUUGAAACAAAAUAACAAAUUCUAUUUAGUACUAACCUAUGCAGACAGUCCGUGCAAUUUUUUUUGUUAGAUUGUCGGUUUGCUUUAUUUUCUGAACAAAUAAUGUCUUCUUCAUUUCAGAACGGGUACAAUUCUUGAUAUCCUUAGUACUUGCUAUCUUAAAUAAUUUUCCUAGUGCAGGAAUGCCAAUUUUUCCGUGCCAUAUGGGUUCUGUGAUGGUGCGUUUGCCUCCUCUGUAAUUCUGCGUUACAAUUAAUCAAACCCUAGCUGAUAUGAUAUGUUAUUGGCGACAGAAAAUUUUUUCCACUACUACGAAGGGACAUGUUCAAUUCUUGGUCCCAUCAAUCUGUUUCUUGAAUCUGUACUCCAAUUAAAUGGGCAUCAAAGCA